GAAGCAGUGAACCUUCACACAGUCUCUCCGCUCCACCGGUUCCAGGCUGCCCGGUGCGUCCCGUUGCGCACAGCUCAGCACAGUUUCCAAUACUGCACACUUCACAAACAGCGCUCCGGAUUUCUCAAAAAAAAAAAAAAAAAAAAAAAGAAACACCCCAGGACGGCUGGUGGGAAAGAUUUCAACAACUUCACGAGUCAGUAUGUUUCGUGUGUGGAUGAGAGAGGGUCGGUGACAGGAAGACUCUGGGGAGUUCCGGUACAGCGAGUCAGUGGAUCGUUUUGAGAGCGACAGGAUGGGAUCGCAGAGCGGGGCAGCUCCAAACAAACAGACGCUCCUGUGGUUCAUCGUAGUGUCUCAGUGUGCGUCGGCACUAGGAUGUGCCCCCCACUAUGAAUUUGCCAUUGAAGAGUUUUGCCUGGCCAAAUUCAGACUGGACAUGCAAGAGCUGGACCAGGGAAAGUGGUGUAGCUGGGAGGACACAGUCGAGCUAUAUGGCGAGCUGACCAAUUGCACGUUCCUGGUGGCACGGAAGAUGGAGUGCUUCUGGCCUAACAGGCUGGUGGACGAGUUCUUUAUCCAAGUCCACAAGCAGUACUUUCACAACUGCUUGCUGUCUGGACGGCUUCUCAAGGACCCACCCAAUCACAUCCUGGGUCCCUUCAUUGUAGUGCCCAUCCUGGUCACCCUGCUCAUGACGGCCCUGGUAGUAUGGAGGAGCAAACGCAGCGAGGGGAUUGUGUAGUAAAGGAAAGGAGCUGGACAGGGUCACAAAACUCAAGACAAGAGGUAAUUUUUGUCCCUAAGGUUGCGUCAUAUUAGCCUUAAGUGACCAAAGGAUCUUUUUUUCUGAGAGUUGGUGUUUGGGGAAAAUGGUUUCAGCUGGACCAGAAAGACUUAAUUAUGGAUCUGGAAGAGGAGCUGAACAAGAUAAAGGUAAAACCAGACCCUAUUUCAAUGAUGUCGAAUGCCCUGACACCAAUAUGAAGCCUUUGCAGCUUCCAUCUAUUGUUACACCAACAGUCGGGUAUGGAUUGAAAUCAUUUUGUGGGGAUGAUGGAGCAAAGGGAACCUGCAUCUGUGUGCACCUGCAUCUGAUGUGGACCUGCAUAGUGACUGUUGGAAAAAUAUUGUAAAUAUUUUUAAAAAUUAACAUUGAAAUAAACUGCUUCAGAUCAUUUUGGAAUAGAUAAUGAUGUUACAACUCAUACAAGAAUUCAACAACUAUUUUUUGGAGACCAUUAAAAUAACUGUCACCUAUCACAGCAACACAGGAAUCAAAGCAGUGCUGAACUUUUCCAGGAGACCUGAUUCAAACAAUGGCUAGGCUACAAAAGGGCAGUUACUCCGACCUCUGUUAGGGAACCCAGGUAUAUCAGAUUUUAUGUAUAUAUACGUACAUAUACUGUAAAUAUGCACAGUAUGUACAACAUCCAUUUAUCUGUUAGUGGAUGGUCAGAAUGUUUCCGUGACACAAGAAGACAAGUACCCUAAAUUAAUAUCACUCAGAGCCUGUCUACACCUGGUCUCGGGUGAUACAAGGACAAGUGCAGCACUAACUGUAAGUGUAAACAACCACUAGCAUGCACUGUGAUCUGUUGACUUAAAACCACUUGUGGAGGUGGUCUGGGGCGCAUCUGACUAAACAUCUUCUGUUGUGUAAAGGCUACUGCAUUGUAAUGUGUUCCUGACAAGGACAACAUCAUCAGUGCAGGAUUUGUAUGUGGG